AUGCAGUGUGUUGCAACCCUGAUAAUAGCGUUGUUAACUUUGGAAUGCAGGGCCGAGAAAAUGGCUCAAACAUUGGACAUUUCUAAGAAUCUAGACGAUGAAAUGUUCAGGAUGGAGCCGAUUAAGGAUGAGGGAGAGGAGUUUAUCAGAUAUACCCCCAAAAGGAGCUUUAUAAUCGCACGGGUAAUUCAGGACUACAAUUUCAUAUGGCAAAGGCUUUCUUAUAAACAGCAAUGUCUUCAGGUUGACGUUUAUAAGAGUAACGAUAAGCCUUUUCUAAUUUACAUGAAAGUUGUUAAGCCCGAUGAGGAGUGGAAUUUGUAUUUCAUGAACACGAUUUCCACCUGGACACCCAUUACAUACUCAGAUUUUAAAGACGCUUUAAAUAAAAGAUCGAGCCGUGGAUUCUUGGGGUUGUUUAAAAGGAAGAAGGGCUCGUUUCUAUCUCUAUCUACACACUUGGCUUUAUUAAUCAGUCUAUUAUCAUCUCUUCAUGGGAUAACAUAA